AUGGAUUCUGAUAAAGACCAGGAUAUUCUAGUGGCCGAACUGGAAGCUCUAUGCUCCACGGAGGUGAUGGAAGUCGGCGUAGCCGAGGACCAUUUAUUGGCUGGGUCUGUCGGGGCAGAGGACACUACUGUGUCUGGCACCCCCUCCGACCCCGCAACAACUAGCGCUUCUGCACCUUCCUCUUCUCAGGCUAGGGCUGGCGUUUCCGCUAACGGCCCUAAGAGGAGAAGAAGGCAACUCAGUGGGGCCGGCAAGAGACGCAUUGAGUGGUGGAUGGCAAGGGGUAAGAGCCUCGACGAGGUGAAGACCCUUUGUCAGAAACCACUCAGUGAGUUUCCUGAGUAUGCCGAGGAGUUGGAGAAGCGUACGAGCUCCAAACGGCAGCUCUCUGACACCGCCAACUCACAAGAAAGACCGACGAAGGCAGCCAAGCACAAUAGUGCUCAGGCGCCCAAGCCGAGUUUCACGGAAGAAACGCUAAGAUUACUAGCCGACGUACACUUCCCCAACAGUAUCCAUCUCGAAAGUAACGAAGCCUUCUCCCAUACGACUGUUAAAACCAGACCAUCGCCUGACGACUGGAGAAGAGCUUCUACGAUCUUCAAGCCUGACCGAGUCAAAUGGGCAAUUGACAGCUUCAAGCCUUACAAGACCGGCGGCGAGGAUAACAUAUUUCCGGCCCUCCUCCAACAGGGCAAGGACAUUAUCCUCCCAGUGCUACUGAAAAUAUUCAGAGCAAGUUUCGCGUGGGGCUACAUCCCAUUGGCAUGGACAAAGAUAAAGGUGUCCUAUAUACCAAAGAGUGGGGACAGAGAAAAGGCUUUACCGAAGUCCUACAGACCAAUCAGCCUCACCUCUUUCAUGCUCAAAACGAUGGAGAAGGUGGUCAACCUACACAUAAGGGACACCUAUCUCACUAAAAAGCCUCUGCAUGAAAGACAACAUGCCUACCAAAAAGGCAAAUCUACUGAAACGGCUCUAAUGGACCUAGUAGAUCGCAUUGAUAGAGCAAUUGAAGAUAAAGAGAUUGCGCUCUGUGUCUUUCUAGACAUUGAAGGUGCAUUCGACAACACUUCAACCAGCUGUAUCACAAAUAGCCUGGCUUUGAGGGACAUGGAUCCAACUACUGUACAGUGGAUCAAAGCCACGCUCGACAAUAGGGUAGCCUCAUCGACCAUCAUGGACCUGACACUCUUAACAGACGAUUAG